AUGUUCCAGAAUUGCGAAUGGACUAUCCCGGCACAAUCGACGCGACCAGUCGAGGGCAAUCCCCCAGUUGUUAGACCUCCAAUAACCUGCGAUGUUGAAUUCGGUCUCAUCCAAAAAGCCCUCGAUAAACCUAACUACCCUCCCAUGUCUGACCUGGAUGGCUUAAAUCUCGACAUUACUAUCCCGCAAGAAGCUCUCACUAACCACAAUGCAAAUCUCCCUGUUCUCGUGUUCAUUCAUGGAGGGGCUUUCAUCAUUGGUGAUAGUGGAGCGCCGCAUCAGGACAUGGCGGCUAUCGUCGCCUAUUCUCGGUCUAUUGGAAAGCCGAUUAUUGGUGUGUCGAUCAAUUACCGUCUCGGAGUGGCGGGCUUCCUUGACAGCAAUGAGCUGAGAGAAUCGGGUAUCCAAGAAAAUAGGGGUCUGCUUGAUCAAGAGACGGCAUUCGAAUGGAUUAGUCGGAACAUUGGCGGAUUCUCAGGCGAUCCAGCUCGUACUACUGUUAUCGGCCAGAGCGCAGGAGCCAGCUCUGUCAUGCACCUUCUCGACUUGGAUCCAACUCUUUUUGAUCGCGCUAUUUGUCUGAGUGGAAACAAUCUGGCGGUUCCAGUGUCUACACGUUCCGCUGCCCAGGACGCGUAUAAAUCUGUUCUAGAGUGUCUUGAAAUAGACUCAACACUGUCAAGCAAAGACCAGCUGGCAGCAUUGAUUGCCGUUUCGCCUGAAGAUAUCCUUUCCAAACUGUCGCCCUCGAUCCAUCUGCAGCCAGUUAUAGAUACGGAUGAACAGCCUUCGUUCAGAAAUCUCGGAAACUAUCUGGCCCCGCGUUGUUACAGAGUGCCUCUCAUGAUUGGAUCGGCCGAUUUCGACGCCGUCAUCUUUGAAGUCCUGGGUAUUUUUGAAGGCCGAGAGAAGGGCUCAUUGGCUCGGGAUUUCAUCAGGUAUUUAACUGUUAACGUCCCUGAAACGUACCACGGAAAGGUGAAGAGUCUUGUUGCUUUAUACAAGAUCUCGACUGAAGACGACGAUGACGAGUCGCGUAUCAAAAUCAUCCAGUUCGCCACAGAUCUCAAAUACUACGCCACGUCAAAGCACUACGCUUCAUUUUGGCCUACUCAGUCGUGGCUGUACUACUUCAAUGAAUCUAACCCAUGGGAAGGGCCUCAUCAGGGUCGCUCGGCUCACUGUCUUGACAUAGCGUAUCUGUUCUUGAACUACAGUAGUGUCAUGAGUGACUCGCAGAAGGAAACAUCAAAAGACUUUGCCCGAGACGUGAUCGAGUUUACUAAUGGAGGGUCACCACCAUGGGGGGAGUUCCAUGAUAAUGGUGAAAUAAAGGUAUAUGGUACUCCUGGAAAGAGUCAGGCACCUUCUCAGGAGGUUCAGCAUCUUUGGGAAGAUAUUGGACUGGAUAACUUAGUUAAAGGGUGGGACGCUUUCUCGGCAAGGUUGUAG